AUGGCUCCUAGCUACUGGAUCUUCUGUGCCUGGUGUCUACCGCUGACCCUCGUCGUCACGGUGGUUGAGGCGCAGAUGGAUGGCUGCUCCAUCUCGUCCAAGAGAUGCGGCAACCUCAACAUCUCCUACCCAUUCGGGCUCUCUGACAUGGAGACGGGAAGAUCAUGUGCUUCCUUGGACUUUGAGGUCGAUUGCCUCAACAGUACUCCAGUUCUACGUGGACCGCGGUUUGCAAUCCUCACCAUGUCUUACGAGGAACGGAGUCUGCGCGUCGUCGAUCUAUACGAGCUGACCCAGUUGCGCGACUACAACAGCUGCCAUGUCCCAAGGUGGAACACCUCCGUGAAGCUGAGACCCCCAUUCAAGAUCAGCCCUGCCAACCUGAACCUCGUCUUCUACAACUGCACAAAAAAAGCAGCAGGAGUGGCGCGUCAGGAUGGGACGCUUGUGGAGACGAGAUGCGUCAAUAAGAGUGACGUGUUUGUCUCCGCGGGAGGGUUCUAUGAUGAGACGAGCGGCUACACCAGCUUCGAGGGGUGUGACUCUACCGUCAUCCCGGUGCUGGGCUCGUCAGGGAAGGCGAAUGCGAGGGACUACGAGCAGCUCGUCAGCGAUGGCUUCCUCUUGACUUGGGACCCCCCUCCGCCGUCUGCCACUGGUACUAGCAGUGGUAAGCUCACCCAGGUUGCAUUUUCAGCCGCUGCUGCAGCCUUGCUCUUUCCAUGUAUUUAUGUGCUGAUAUGGCAAAUAAAGUGGAAAAGAAUAUGGCUUCUCCUUCGCAAAAAGAAUAGCAGCAGCACUGAAAGGAAUUACGAGGCUAUGCUAGUAACUUAUGGAUCCCUAGCUCCAAAAAGAUACAUGUACUCAGAGGUAAUGAAGAUAACGUCUUCUCGCAGUGAUCAGCUCGGAAGAGGUGGUUAUGGUGUGGUUUUCAAAGGAAGACUACAUGAUGGCCGUCUGGUUGCUGUGAAAUUCUUGCAUGACUGCAAAGGAAAUGGGGACGAGUUUGUGAAUGAGGUUAUGAGCAUUGGCAGGACCUCUCAUGUAAAUGUUGUUAGCUUACAUGGGUUUUGUUUGGAGGGAUCAAAACGAGCGCUUAUAUAUGAGUACAUGCCCAACGGUUCCUUGGAUGAGUACAUUUACUCAGAGAACCCGAAAGAAAUUUUACGAUGGCAGAGGCUCUAUGUGAUAGCAAUCGGGGUUGCCCGUGGCCUAGAAUACUUGCACCAUAGCUGUAACACACGGAUUGUUCAUUUUGAUAUCAAACCACAAAAUAUCCUUCUAGACAAGGAUUUUAGUCCAAAGAUUGCUGAUUUUGGUCUAGCUAAACUGUGUCAUACAAAGGAGAGCAAGCUAUCAAUGAAUGGCGCUAGAGGAACAAUUGGAUUCAUCGCUCCAGAAGUUCACUCUCGAACCUUUGGAGUGGUUUCAACAAAGUCAGAUGUUUAUAGUUAUGGAAUGAUGUUGCUGGAGAUGGUUGGAGGCAGGAGAAAUGUAAAAUCAAUUGUUGAAAAAUCCAGCGAGAAGUACGUUCCUGAUUGGAUAUACGACCACUUAGCGCAAGAUGAGGGACUCCAAGCAUGUGCAGUCACAGACGAAAUUGAGGAAAUCGCGAGAAAGAUGAUCUUAAUUGGCUUGUGGUGCAUACAAGUAUUACCUGUGUAUCGCCCUACUAUAACAAAAGUUCUCGAAAUGUUUGAGCGAAGCUUAGAUGAUCUGGACAUGCCGCCAAAGCAGAACUUCGGUGAAUUACUGUAA